AUGUCGCGUCGAGGCUCUGGGGCAGGCGAGAGCGACGCGCUAUUGAGCGCUGGCGAGGUCAUCGCAUCAUCUUCUCGCAAUUAUUCCACAAACGAUAGCACAACGCCCACCGAAGGGGAAAUCAUAAGAGAUGGAAAGUUGCUGGGCGAGAACAAAGAGAAGCCUGUUGACCACAAUAGGACUGACGACCCGGAGCGUUCACGAUCUUUGGCGGAGGAAAUUGGAGAUGAGGGUAUUUCCCUGUACGAGAAAAAAUGCUUGCUCAUCAACCGCGAGAUCGACCUCAUGGGAAUGGGACGAUACCAAUGGUCGAUAUGGGCACUUUGCGGCUUUGGCUACAUGAUCGAUUUGAUGUGGGCACAAGCCUUCGGACUCGUUCUAUCGCCAAUUCAACAGGAACUUGGGUUUGGUGCUGACCAAACUGGAAAACUGUCCACUGCCUUUUCCAUCGGACUCACAGCCGGUGCAUUUGUGUGGGGUGUUCUCGUAGACUUGAUCGGGAGAAAGACCUCUUUCAAUCUGACAGUCUUCAUUGCGUGCGUAUUUGGAACAUGCAUCGGCGCCCCGAGCACUUACAACGCCAUUCUGGUUCUAACAGCGUUUACUGGGUUCGGUGUCGGAGGCAAUAUUCCCAUCGACACUACAAUUACUCUGGAAGCCACACCACAAAGCAAGCGUUACCUUCUUCCGCUGUUAUCGAUCUUCCAGCCCAUCGGUGUUGUCAUCUGUUCCGUGCUCGCCUAUGGGUUCAUCCCAAACUGGUCUUGCAGUCCAAACUUUUCGGAAGGAGAUCGAGCGUUGCCUGCCUGUGGCGCUGUUGCGACAGGGGAACAGUGUUGUUCAAGAGAGGAUAAUAUGGGAUGGCGAUAUCUCCUCUUCACGCUAGGGGGAAUCACCAUAGUCGUCUUCGUCUUACGAUCAGUCAUCUUCACCUUCCAAGAGUCGCCGAAGUUCCUCAUAUACCGUGGCAAGGAUGCCGAAGCCAUCGAGGUACUGCACACGAUGGCUCAAUACAACGGAUCCAAAUGUGACCUCGUUUUAGACGAUCUCGUAUCCCUAGAGCACGAGUAUGAUUCAGAGCGACGUCAUGGACCUAUGCUCGGAGGUGGUGUCAAGCAGCUCAAAUCUACAUGGACUGAGAAACUCAAACUGGAAGGCGAUCGCUUCAAACUCCUAUUCUCGAGCUUUCAGAUGUCAAGGUUGACGCUUUUGGUAUGGUUGACAUACAUAUGCGAUUACUGGGGUUUUACCGUUGCUGGCACUUACCUCCCACAAAUCCUGGCUGUGAAGAAUGGCGCCCUCGAUCUUUCUCUCCGCUACACAUACCGCUCUUACAUCUUCAUCUACCUCCCUGGCGUGCUCGGUGUUGUGCUAGGAACUCUAUCUUACCGCGCAUCGCGGGUUGGUCGCAAAUGGACAAUGGUCGUAUCUUCUGCAUUGAUGGGCAUCUCGAUCUUCCUAUUCAGCAGCGUCAACUCUGCAGCUUCGAACAUAGGCUUCAACGUCAUGGAAUACUUCUUCCAGUCCAUGUUCAAUUCCGUUUUGUAUGGUUGGACGCCUGAGGCCUUCCCAGCACCCAUCCGAGGAACAGCUUGCGGUAUCGCGAGUUUCUGGGGCAGGUUAUUUGGUAUUGUCAGCCCACUCAUUGCGCAGCACUUGUAUGCGGGCGAUGGGGCUGGAAGAGAUAUCAACAGCGUAUUAUACCUUGCUGGAGGUGUGACAUUGGGCUGCGUCAUCACAACGGCACUGCUGCCCAGCAAUCUCGUAGGCCGGCAGAGCCUGUAG